AUGGCAAAGUGUGAAGAAGCUGGAAUUGCCUGCAGACAAGCAAACGAGGAUGCAGAUUCACUGAUUGUUUGGACGGCCGAAUUCUUGGCCCCAACUCAUCAAACUGUUGCAAUUGUGAGGGAAGAUGUAGAUCUGCUGGUGAUAAUGAUGGGUAUCAACACUUCUUCAAACGUCUAUCUGCUGAAGCCAGGGAAAGGGAAAGCGCCUCAGUUGCUGUACCAACCACAGUCUACAAUUCUCUCUAAAUAUCCAGACCUUGAAGAGACCGUUGGGAAAUUCUUGGAUUCGUCAGCCCAGCCAACGGCAAUUGCUGCUGCUAGAGAAAAAUUUUUAGUGGCCCUGUACGAGGCUAACUAUCUAACAACUGCCUUUAAUGCUCUGCGAUACAAGCAGUAUGUGACAUCUGCCUUCAAGUUUUCCAGCAACAUUGCAUCUAUCCCUCCCACCGAUUCUGCAGCCUACCAGCAUAGCUUGCGUGUAUAUUUACAGGUUCAGCAGUGGCUCGGCAACAGUUUGGAUCCGAAGCUGUGGGGUUGA